ACUGUUUUCUUCACUUCAGCAGCCCCACGCUUUGAGUGCCCUGGGGAUUUCUCAGCCGUCCCCUUUGCUCCUGGGCCGCCUUUCUCCCCAGAGAUGCUGCAGGAUCCUACAAAGCAGCUUUUGCUGAUCAGAGCCCCAGCUAACUUCAGUCCAGAAAGCCUCAACGGCCAUCUCGUGCCCCUGUCGGGCUUGCAAACUUUGAAGGUGCAGCAGCCGAACAGGACAUACAAGCUCUAUGGCAUCCAGGCGACUCCAGGGGAAUCGAGCAGCUGUGCCCGCUUGCUCGCCCCUUUGGACCACCGGGGACAAAUCGGUUGCGCCCCGCCCUUUGCUGGAUCCCUGAGCGUAUGGGAAAGAUUUGGGGACACCAGUGCCAACCAGAUCCUCCUCCCCGUAGCAAACAGGCUAGCGCCCCAGAUCCCAGAAGGCCUGAAGCAGCGUUUCCUGCCUUUUGGGGGACAACUAAAAAGGCCUCUCCCUCCUUCACGCACGAGAGAUGCAGAGACGCCUCCCCGGAAGAAGAAAAAGAAGAAGAAACGACAGCUUUAUACGAUGGGAUAUUUGGGGGAUCCAGAAGAGCAGCAGCCCCCAGUGGGCAGAGACCUGGAGGUGUCAUUUGGGGAAUCCACAGCACCUUUGGAAGGAGGAACAAGCCACCGGCGGGAAGAGGAGCAGCAGGAGAAGAGGACAGUGGCAGAGGGGGGUGAAGUGCUUGGCCUGUCUGGUGCCGUGGAAGAGCUGCCCGAGCAGGAGACCCAGGCCAGCAGCAGCUGGGUGGCUUCUUCGCAAGACAGUUUUUUCUCAGGGGAGGCAGAGGAGCUGAGCCACAGGAUCAACAAGAAGAAGAAGAAGAAGAAACACAAAGAGGAGGUCGUGGAGAACAAAGACCCACUGCCUGACCUCAACUCAGCCAACCGACAGUCUGAAGAUGAGCCCCAGCGGCAGGGGCAGCUGGAGCCCCAGGCAGAGGGAAACGGUGACCCAGGGGUAGAGGGACUAGUCCAGCACAAGCAUAAGAAGAAAAAGAAGCAUCGAGAAGACGCUGUGCCGGCACAGGCAGACCUCUCCUCCCCUAAGGAAGAGGCUGGGAAAGACCCGUGGGAGGGAAGUGGACUGGGGAAUGUUGUGGACAGCAGCCUGGAUUUAACAGAAGAGGGCCCUCGGGGAGAGCUCCCAGGCCACAAGUCCAAGAAGAAGAAAAAGAAGAAGGAGAAGGUGGAGGAGGGGAAGCAGCAGCAGCAGCCUUUGGGACAGGAGGCGGGCCCGGCGUUGCUGGAGCUCGUUGCUGUCAAGCGGGAGCAGACGGGUUGGGAUGAACUAGACGCUGCCUCUGGGGAAGGCAUAGGAAGGACUGACUCUCUUGAACUCAGCCUGGAGGUGCCAGUCCAGAAGCACAAGAAAAAGAAGAAGAAAAAGGAGCAGGAGAGCGAGGCUCCUUAGGAGAGGACUGAUUUCCUGAGCAGGAAUUCCCAGGAAUUAUUCUACAUUUCCAGACUGGGCUGUUUUGCUUUGGGGAGCACCAGCUCCGCUCCCAUUUUAUGCAAGGAAGCACCCACCCCCACCGGCACUCCAGGGCCCUGGAAGAACUCCCUGGUCAGCUCAUCUGCUUCGUUCUCACUAUGCCGGGCAGUGUGGAGGGGGUGCCGGCCCCAGCCAGCAGGAAAGCCCAUUUGCACGGCUUCUGCUUUUACCAGCUGUGCCUCUAAUAAAGGAACGAAGAACUGGAAAGGGCGAAGCAGGGACCCAGGUUUCUCUCAAGGUGUUUCUUGGUUUAAGGGCUGCUCCUGCCCGAGAGCUGUUGGAAUCAUAAGUGGCUACCUUGUUGUUCUUGGUGCCUCCUGGUAUAUUUUAUUUAAUGCAUUAACUGGUGGAUUAGGUAGGGAGAGGGUCGUAGAGGCGGAACAAAAUAAAGCUUAGGUUCUCUA